UCGAGAAAGAUCACAGAAAAGUAUUUCUAUCGUCUUCUCUCUAAGAAGACUGAGCCGCAACGAAAGAACCUCUCACCUUUUUCUCUUCUCAAAAGAUUUUAAUCAAGGAACCGAUGUCUUAAUCACAAAAUAAGUCACUUUGUAACAUACAGCCUUCUGGAGCCGACAUGGAAGGAAGGAAAUUAUUUAGGACAGGAGUUGACUCGAUCGUAGGACACCAUAUCCAGGUUUUUGCUUUAAAUGUUAUUUUUCUCGUUUUAGUUUCAUGCGCUAGUUUGCCUAAAGACAAUAUUCCUGUUCGAAGCGCUUCGCCUUUAAAAAUCGAUUCGACAAAACCCGCUCGUUCAGAUAAAAGUGAACAAAACAGUAUUAUGCCUGGACCUAUCUGCCAAUCAGAAAGUUGUAAAGCGAUUUCAAAGUUAAUCCAAAAAGUUCGCAAUGCGUCGGUGGACCCUUGCGACAAUUUUUACGAGUAUGCUUGUGGUCAGUGGAUCAAGGAGAAUCCAGUUCCUAAAGGGCAUCUGCAGUUCUCAAGGAUAACACAACUGUCCAAAAAUAACGAACGAAUUAUGAAACAAAAUCUUCUUGCCGAUGGAUCUCAUAACACGGAAACGCUGAUGAAAGUGAAGAAUUUUUACAGGUCGUGCUUGAAUGAGGUAGCCAUCGACCAUCUUGGAAAUAAACCGCUGUUAGAUUACAUUGAAAGCUUAGGAUCUUGGUCUCUAGCUAAAAACUGGAGAGCAAAGAAGUGGAGCUUCUACGAUACGCUAGGCUAUGUGCAGAAGAACUAUCCCGUAGAAGUGUUCUUCAGUGUAAAUAUUAUUCAAGAUCCCGUCAAGAAGAAGGGAAGCGCAGAAAGAAAAUAUGUCAUUCUGAUUGACCAGGCAACUCUAAACCUUCCACAAAUCAUCUAUUUCACAAGUAAAAAGGUUUUAAAGGAAGUAUGGAAGUACAUGUCAAUUAUCACGAGUCUUUCUGGGGUCAAUAAAAAAGACUCCAAACGAGCAAUGAAGGAUUUGCUUCUAUUUGAGGGAAAACUUGCACUGUACUGGGUUCCAAAAGUUUCCAAGAAAUACGUACGGAUUCCUAUUGGCAAGCUGGAGGAGGCUCUUCCAGAGUUCCCUUGGCUGAAGCACUUGCAAAAGGUGUUGUCAAGGCCUGAUCUCACUAAAGACGACUUGGUAGUGGUGCUAGCAAAUGACUACUUACAGAAUAUGUUGAAUCUACUGCGCACGACCAAAAAGAGUGUUUUAUCGACGUAUAUGGUAUGGCGCUCCAUUAAGGAUGUUGUGCCUCUCCUUUCAAAAGAAUUCCGAGCGGUUCACCAAAAAUUCAAAGUGAAACUUCUUGGAAGUAAAAGAAACAAGACCAGAGCAGACAUCUGUUUUAGCUACACCAACAACAUCCUUGGCCCAAUGCUUGGAGCGUUGUUCAUCAGAAGUGCUUUUGGUCCGAGCAGCAAGGAGAAGGUGGAAGUUAUGAUGGAGGGUAUCAUCCGGGCAUUUAAAGACCGAGUGGCAGGGGUGGGCUGGAUCGAUAAUCAAACUGUCCAAGCCGUCAGAGAAAAAGCGGAUGCAGCACUUUAUCAAGUUGGAUAUCCUGAUUAUUUGUGGAACGAUAACAAAUUUUCCGAAAGAUAUAAAAUGCUGAACAUUACAGAGAACCAGUGGUUUCAGAACGUACUGAACACAGACCAGUUUUCCAACUAUCAAACCUACCACAAGUGGGGAAACCCAGUUGAUAGACAUCAGUGGAUAACUGUUCCUCAGUUGGUGAACGCGUUCUAUGUUAUAACUAAGAAUGAAAUAGUUGUACCAGCGGGAAUUCUGCAAGAGCCAUUCUUUUAUGGAAACGACAUACCAAGGUCCUUAAGUUACGGUGCCAUUGGUCACGUGCUAGGUCACGAGUUGACGCAUGGCUUUGAUACGACAGGACGAAAAUUUGAUAAGAAUGGUGAACUUAUUGAAAAACGAACUCAGUGGAGUGAGCCUGCGAUCAAGAUGUUUCAAGAAAAAGCAAAAUGCUUGGUGGAGCAAUUUUCACAGUACAAAGUCCUUAACAAAUUCCACAUUAGUGGACAGAAAACUCUUGGCGAAAACAUCGCUGACUUGGGAGGAGUCAACCUUGCUUACCACGCUUACAAUUCGUUUAUCGAGGAGAAUGGACGGGAAGAAGUACUACCAGAGCUUAACAUGACAAGUCAAGAGCUUUUCUUUAUCGGAUAUGCCCAGAAAGAGUGUACGCGCACCACUCCAGCCGCCGAAUUCUUGUCAGUAACGGAAGAUGUUCACGCCCUAACCAAGUACAGGGUUAUUGGUACCUUAUCAAAUUUUAAGGAGUUCUCUAAUGUUUUCAAGUGUAAAGCGGGAUCAUAUAUGAACCCAAAGAAGAAAUGUGAAGUUUGGUAGACGCACGACAUACGGAGGUCAUAUGGACAAGUGCUCUUGCAUAAUUGUUGAAUUUGCUAUUAUUUUUCCCAUACACCGUUUGCAAUUUUUGGGGUUUAUUUUCGAGUUCUUCUGUUUUCAGUUGACAGUCUUACAGUCGAGUAUUGUAUUGAAAAAAAAUGUCGUACGCCGACAUAUUUACUCCAACCGAUCACAAGCAACACGCUAUGAGAUACGGUGUUGUCUCAAGUAACCAAUCGAAGUAAAUGCAACCAGCAAAAGUAUCGAAAAAGUGUAUGUUCAGUUCACUGCUUUCCUGCGAGUCGUGCGUUUGUACUUUAGCGGUUUGAUUAAGUCUUAGAAUUUUUACCCUCGUCAGUGAUUACCGCACUUUGGUUUACAGUUUACGCCCUACACUACGUAGGUCUUAGAGGCCGGUGAUGUUCUUCUUCACCAGCGACUUUCCUGGAAGUCACAAUCGAGGGACUGAAACCGUUGCGUCAGUCACCCUGUAAUGUUCGUGGUGGGCGAUUACUCAUGUUUUAUUCUUGUUAAGAACAAGACAUAUAUAUGGGUAGUUAGCGCAUUAAUUUUAACCGCAUUCAAAGUUGAAGAUUUGCCAUAUGAAUUUGUUAUAAUUUUCUGUACUAACCUAUAGACACCAAAUGAAGGAAUAAAGAUUGAAAAUCCCA